CAUGCCUUUGGUGUCCGCCGCGGUGCAGCUGGCGCUUCACCUCCUCUUCAUCCUUUAUGCGCGGGCUCCAAAGCAGCACCUUGGCUCGCAUUGCAACCGGAGUUGAGGCUUGUUCACGGUGGUGCAGCAGCAGGAUUAUAACAGCAGGGGCGAGAGCAGAGCAGUACGGCAGCAGCACUAUGGCGGGAAGAUCAGGGGAAGGAGCGCCGUCGUCCGACGCCGCGAUGGCGGGCGUGGCCACCGGCGGCGUGGAGGACGCCUACGGCGAGGACCGCGCCACCGAGGACCAGCCCGUCACUCCCUGGGCCGUCUGCAUCGCGAGUGGGCAUUCCCUGCUGAGGGAUCCGCGGCACAACAAGGGGCUCUCCUUCACGGAGAAAGAGCGUGACGCGCACUACCUGCGUGGCCUGCUGCCUCCGGUGGUCCUGUCCCAGGAGCUCCAGGAGAAGCGGCUGCUGCAGAACGUGCGGGAGCUCCAGGUCCCGUUGCAGCGCUACAUGUUCCUCAUGGAUCUUCAGGAGAGAAACGAGAGGCUCUUCUACAAGCUCAUGAUCGACAACGUCGAGGAGCUGCUCCCCGUCGUGUACACGCCGACCGUCGGCGAGGCGUGCCAGAAGUACGGGUCCAUCUUCAGACGGUCGCAGGGUCUGUACAUCAGUCUCAAAGACAGGGGGAGAGUACUGGAGGUGCUGAGGAACUGGCGGGAGAAGAGUAUUCAGGUUAUCGUUGUCACGGACGGGGAGCGCAUUUUAGGUCUUGGAGAUCUUGGCUGCCAGGGCAUGGGAAUUCCGGUGGGUAAGCUUGCGCUGUACACGGCCCUUGGUGGUGUCAGGCCAUCUGCUUGCUUACCUAUCACCAUUGAUGUGGGAACAAACAAUGAAGAGUUACUGAAUGAUGAGUUCUACAUUGGGUUACGGCAAAAAAGAGCCACUGGCCAGGAAUACGCUGAACUUCUGGAUGAGUUCAUGGCUGCCGUUAAGCAGAACUAUGGGCAGAAGGUUCUUGUCCAGUUUGAGGACUUCGCUAAUCAUAAUGCAUUUACCCUUCUUGAGAAGUACAGGCCAACCCAUCUUGCCUUCAAUGAUGAUAUUCAGGGAACGGCUGCGGUGGUUCUUGCAGGCCUCAUUGCUGGUCUGAAGUUUGUUGGUGGAACUUUAGCUGAUCACACAUUCUUGUUCUUCGGUGCUGGAGAGGCUGGCACAGGGAUUGCUGAACUAGUAGCUUUGGAGAUAUCAAUGCAGUCCAAGGUUUCACAAGAAGAUGCUCGCAAAAAUAUCUGGCUAGUCGAUUCAAAGGGAUUGAUCGUGAGUUCACGUAAAGAUUCUAUACAGCCCUUUAAGAAGCUGUAUGCACAUGAGCACGAACCAGUCAAAGAUCUUUUAAGUGCCAUCAAGGAUAUCAAACCAACUGCACUAAUAGGAUCAGCUGGUGUGGGACAGAGUUUUACAAAAGAGGUGAUUGAGGCCAUGUCAUCGAUCAACAAGAGGCCAAUCAUCCUUGCGCUAUCCAACCCAACAUCAAGAUCUGAAUGUACCGCUGAACAGGCAUACUCAUGGAGUCAGGGCCGUGCAAUAUUUGGCAGUGGAAGCCCAUUUGAUCCAGUGAAAUAUAAUGAGAAGCUUUUUGUACCUGCCCAGGCAAACAAUGCAUACAUCUUCCCAGGUUUCGGUUUAGGUGUUGUGAUCUCCGGAGCGAUACGGGUGAAAGACGAUAUGGUGCUUGCUGCCGCUGAAGGCCUGGCCGAGCAGGUCAGCUCAGAGCAUUUCGACAAAGGUCUGAUCUACCCACCCUUCUCCAGCAUCAGGAAGAUAUCAGCCAACAUUGCAGCUCGUGUUGCCGCGAAAGCCUACGACCUCGGACUGGCUAGUCAUCUUCCUCGCCCAAGAGACUUGGUGAAGUACGCCGAGAGCUGCAUGUACAGCCCUAUCUACCGUUCUUACAGAUGAAGCCAUGAUGGUGCUGCAUAUGCCAGAGUCUGACUUGGAAUAAUGCACGACUGCGCCAGAUUGUGAUUUAGGCCGCUUCCGUUGUACAAGAGCUUGUUUAAAUUGUUAUUGUGAGAUUUGCCGUGUAUAAGAUGCUUGUAUGGAAUGUUGUUACCUGAUCAGACUGCGGGAUCCUUGCUUACUUCCAUUGUGAGCACGUGCUGAAUAAUUUCCCUUCUUCGCUGGGUUAA